UGUCUCACUUCGUUGCCUUAAGCAAAUUAAGUAAUCUUUGGUUGGCACCUGGAACCUUUGCCUCUAAGUUUUUCUUAUGAAGAUUCAAGCUAAGACUUUUUGCCCCUACAGAUGCUCCUUACCAUGUUUGAAAGAUUCGGUUGCUAACAGGAGUUAAAUUAUAGGCUGUGAGUCCAAAGCGGGAGGAAUUACGAUAAUGUUGGUCUUGUCUACAUCACCAAUCCCAGGAAGUAAACUACAAUCCGUGUUUGUUGAAGUAUAAGAAAAGAGAUUUACGUUGGAGUCAUCGUUUACUUUGGGACCCGGGCCGCCGGUGGCUGCUGCGGGCAGUAAGCUUGGUGAGCUGAUUGGUAAACUCCACCAGUACCUGGAAAAUGCUACAGAGGGCAAAAAUGAACCUACUUUACCGGGACACUGGAAUGGAACCGUGGCCAAAGAGUACCUUGAGAUGAAAGCCAAAGCCCAUGAUGCAGAGGAGGCCCAUGGCUCCUCGACAGCAGGAUCUUCAAGUCGUUCAAGAAGGAAACCGAUUGUUGUCACAAAACACAGUGGGAUGAAUGAGUCCGAUGUUUCAUCUGAGAGUGGAGCAGAGGAUGGGAUGUCUGUUCACUCCAAUGAACCUAACACCGGCAUCCUACCUAUAGGAACGGUAUUUGUAGUGCCUGAGCCUGUGGGUACAGAUAGCCGUGAUGAUUUCCGUGGGCCGGAAUUUCGCAGCAGACGAGUUCAGAAGCAGCAAAAAGAUUUUGCUGAUAAACGUAGAGGAUACGAGACUGAGAGGGUAAACUGCACUGCGUGUGGCCAGCAGGUGAAUCCUUUCCAGCGUGAUGCCAUCUAUAGGCACCCUAUGCUUAAAGUGCUGAUCUGCAAGAAUUGUUUUAAGUAUUAUAUGAGUGACGACAUCAGCAAGGAUUCGGAGGGGAUGGAUGAGCAAUGCAGGUGGUGUGCAGAAGGAGGCAGCCUGAUUGGUUGCGAUUACUGCAGCAAUGCCUUCUGUAAGAAAUGUGUGCUACGUAACAUGGGGAGAAAGGAACUGUCAACCAUCAUGGAGGAGGAAAGAAAAUGGUACUGUUAUGUGUGCAGUCCCGAGCCAUUGGUGGAGCUGGUGAUGGCCUGCGACUCAGUUCUCGACGACUUAGAACAGGCUCAGAAACGAGUGUCUCGUCCUGAUUCAAACUCGGUUCGAGGAAAAGCUAAGGGUGGUCGAGUAGGAGGUGGCCCAGUGCCCUCUGGAGGACUAUAUCAACGAAUGCAGCGGUUUGUGGACGUCACCUCAUCUUUGAGCCAUUCCUUCAGGGAAGUCAUUCAAAGCGAAGCAGAGGAGGAAGUGAAGGUGGAAGAGAAGCAAAAGAGAAUUGGGCAGCUGAGGAUGUUUCGUGUCGUUCUGAAUGACCUGCUAGCAGCCAAUAGAGCAUUACAGGAAGCACUGGACCAUGAGUUAACCGGGGCCAAAUGUCCCAGUGGAGAAUCUAAGCCAAAAGCGAGGGCAAGACAGAGAAAGUCAAGGUCUUCGCAGAUCCCUGGUGUCACUAAAGAGCUAGUGGUCAAACUCACACCUGUACCAGUCAACACACAAGCCAUCGCUUGCACUUCCAUCCCUCCAUCACCUGACGGACAGACAAUAGAGAGUAACAUGACGGGUGGAGAGCUAGAGAAAUGUGAGGUGGAGGUGAGGGGAGUGGAGGUAGAAGUAAUGACUGAGAAAGAAGAGACAGAGAAUUAUUGUGAUAAUAAUGAUGCUGAAGAAGAGGAGGAGGAGGAGGAGGGGGACGAUGACAUGACUGACGCAAAAAGUUUAUCAUUAGCCGACGAGAACAAACGUUCUCCACGUGUGAAAACCACGCCACGCAGACGGCACAUGGCCACGAGCCCCACAGCUGAGCAUGCUGGUCUAGCUGAGGAUGACUCCGAUUCUGAUGAGGUGCCUGAGGUGCUUCUUCAGACGGCCGCUGCCAUGACGAACAGCGAGGAAGAGGGUUUAGUUGAUAGCAGCGGAGCCAGGGAUGACGUAAAUCAACAUGUCCGAAAGCAGCGGCUUUUCGGGCUAGUGAAGACCACUCCUCCAGACAGAAGCUCUCGCAAGCGAAACCUCAAAGAGAGGUCAUCGUCAUCUUCGUCAUCCUCUUCCGCAUCUUCGAGGAGGGGCUCUCAAGACCAGGGGUCGGUGGACAGAACGAGCAGGGGAAGAGCUCGCAAAGUUGCCAGGAUGAUAGAACAAGCUGGGAGUUCCUCGAGUGAAGCUGGGGGACAGGAACUGGAGAGCGGGCGGAGCAGUGACUCGGACGAUCAGAGGAUCAAACCGCUGACAGAGGGCGUCUCGUUGCUCGGAUCUGGAAAUUUCCAGCAGUCUUCCGGUGAUGAGAUGGACAUCCAACCGGCUCCUUCAUUGUCUGUGGAUGACGAUGAUUUAGAAAAUAGAAUUGCGAAGCAGAUUCUGCUGGCUCAGAUCAAAGCUAACUACUCCUCAGCUUCCGAGCUGGACAGCAACUCUGAUGAACGGUCAGAGAGUGAGACCGGAGAGAAGAAGAGCAAGAAAGGCACACCGGAGGCUACAGCUGCUGAAGACUGUGAUGAGUCCGAUUCCAGUGGGUCACAGUCUGAGUCACGGCACCGGCACCGAUUGCUACGUCAUGGUCUUGAUUUGCCAGAGCCAGAAGAACAAGGACACAAGAAAGGAGAAAAAACGAAAAAUAUGGAAAGACAAAUUCAAGAUUCAGAUGAUGCUUCUGAGAGCACCGAUGAAUCAAGUGACUCUGCCUUAAGUGAGGAACUCAGCCAAUCAGAGACUGAAGAAACAGGGCUUGAGUCGCAUACUCCUAAUGACAAACUUCAGAGCCCGACAGACCGUCCUGAUGAGCCGGGCACUCCUGAUAAUGAUGUUUCUGUAAUCUCUGAGGAAUGUUUGAGGAGUACCCCUCACGGAAGGAGACAGAUCAGACGGCUCUUGGAGGUGGAUCAACUGGCCCAGGAAACCCAGAGCGCUCUGAGGGAAGAGGAGGAGCGAAGAAGAAGGCUAGCUGAGAGAGAAAAACAAAGAUUGGAAAAUGAGAAGAGAGAACAAGAAGAAGCAGACUCUGAGGUUAUCAUAGUAUCUGAGAAACCGGCUCAUAGCUUUUCCCCAUUGGUUCUUGAGGAAGAUGAUGUAACGCACAAGCCUGUGGUCCAAGUUCACAUGCACUUACUGAGAAAACUUAAACCACAUCAGCGAGAGGGUGUGCGGUUUAUGUGGGACUGCUGUUGUGAGUCCGUCCAGAGUGUGAAAUCGUCUCCGGGCUCAGGCUGUAUUCUGGCCCACUGCAUGGGACUGGGAAAGACCUUACAGGUCAUCGCGUUCCUUCAUUCAGUGUUGUUGUGUAGACAGUUGCCUCUGAAACGUGCUUUGGUAGUGUGUCCUCUCAACACGGUGCUGAACUGGAGGAGCGAGUUCGACAAAUGGCAGAGGGGUAUGAGACCCCACACACUGAGGGUAACAGAGCUGGCCACAGUAAAGUCUGUGGCUGUUCGUGUUGAACUCUUAAACGACUGGUUUCAUAAUGGUGGGGUGAUGAUCAUGGGUUAUGAAAUUUUUCGGAUCCUUACACAAAAUGGAAAGAAAUACAGCAAACAUAAAGAUGCAUUCAACUCAAUGCUGCUGAACCCUGGCCCUGACUUGGUUGUAUGCGACGAAGGUCACAUCCUAAGGAAUGCCGAAUCCAGGAUCUCGAAAGCCAUGCAAGCUAUCCGCACACGUAGAAGAAUCAUAUUGACGGGCACGCCGCUCCAGAACAACCUUGUUGAAUAUCACUGUAUGGUAAACUUCAUUAAAGAGAACCUGCUGGGAUCUCUGAAGGAAUUCCGGAACCGUUUUGUUAAUCCCAUCCAGAAUGGCCAAUGUGCAGACUCCACCCCUGCUGAUGUCAGACUCAUGAAAAAUCGGUCACAUGUCCUACACGAGCUGAUGUCAGGAUUCAUACAGAGACGGGCCUACUCUGUUUUAAAGUCCUGUCUGCCACCCAAGUGCGAGUAUGUGCUGUUUAUCAGGAUGACACCUUUGCAGUGUCAGUUAUACAAACACUAUCUGCAGAACUGCACAGGGAAAGGAGCAGGCGUGAAAAACUUGUUUCAGGACCUUCAUAUUCUGAGUUUGAUCUGGACCCAUCCCUGGUGUCUUAAACUUUCUCAUCUGAGCAAGAAUAAGGGCAAAGAGACAGAGCCUUCCACUGACUUUACAGCACUAGGAACAAGUGCAGCGCAACAUUCUGGAAAGUCGAAUGGUUCUCGAAGCAAAGAGACAAAGAUCAGAGAUGCAGAUGAUAUUGAAGAUAUUGAUUUAGUCAUCCAAGGCAGUGGCUGCACUCAAAACCCUAAAGUCACCAACACACCCGCUACAGAAAUUGUUGGUGAGGGAACUGGGUUUAGUGCUGGUAACGUGCCAUGUGCCGAAUGGUAUCUGCCAUUUGUAAAAGAAGCUGAUGCCAAAGUGCUGGAGCAUUCUGGCAAAUUACAGUUGCUUAUGGAGAUUUUACAAUGGGCAGAGGAACUGGAGGACAAAGUGCUGGUGUUUAGUCAAUCUCUGAUAUCCCUGGAUCUUAUCGAAAGUUUCCUACAAUAUGCGAACGAGACCAACGGGAAAGAAGAGUGCCCAUACAAAGGACAGAAACUGUGGAUAAAACAUAAAGAUUAUUAUCGCUUGGAUGGCACGACAAGCGCCUGUGCUCGCAAGAGAUGGGCUCAAGAGUUCAACAAUGUUAAAAACACAAGAGGGAGGUUGUUUCUGAUCUCCACUCGUGCUGGAUCUCUGGGGAUCAAUUUGGUUGCCGCAAACCGGGUUGUGGUGUUUGAUGCCUGCUGGAAUCCUUCAUAUGAUAUCCAGAGCAUCUUCAGGGUCUAUCGCUUUGGCCAGAACAAACCUGUAUCUGUGUACAGAUUUCUGGCUCAGGGAACGAUGGAGCAGAAAAUUUACGAGCGGCAGGUUGCCAAACAGUCUUUAUCCUCCCGUGUUUUGGACCAGCAGCAGAUUCAGAGACACUUCACACAAAGCCAGCUGAAUGAGUUGUACCGCUUCCAGCCAAACCUACAACCCAGCAUACACACACAAGCACCUGUGGAUGAGGUGCUGAUGUUGCUUCUGCAGAGCUGUGGGCAGCUCAUAGUAAGUUAUCAUGAGCAUGACUCAUUGUUAGACCACCGAGAGGAAGAGGAGUUGAGCGAAGAAGAGCGCAGAGCAGCCUGGGAUGAGUACCGUGCAGAGAAGAAGGCCUCCGUCCAGAACACAAAUGCACCGCCCCAAACGCAGCUCAGCAGAAAGGCCAGCAAACAGCUAAAGCAUAUACAGCAGCAGAUGUUGGCUGUUCGAAACCUCAUCCAAGCAUCCAGGACUGGUACUCCUACCUCACUGCAAGUCAAACAAGGCAGUACCCCACCCUCUGCUGCUCGGCGCCCUUCUGACUUCAUCACCUUGCAAUUGGGGGAUCCUGGGGCGGUUCACGCAGCAUUAAACUCAAACUUGAGACCUGAUCCGUCUCUAUCCCACCACUGAUAAAAAAGCAGGGGGGUUUGUUUGUGUUUGCCUUAAAAAGCUGUUGUAAAUAUUGGUUAGAUUUAGUGUCAUAACACUGUAAGGACUCAGGAGAGAGUCUGCCCUUUAUCAGACCUUGUAGCAUCUUGCAUAGUCUGUGUUGUUGAUAGUUUUACUGAUAGUGUUGUUGUAAGGAGUCUUUACUAACACCUAGUGAUGUUUAAUUUAUAGGUAUUAAAAGCAAUAAAGCAAGAGUAAUGUAUGA